AUGUCAGUGGAGCAAUUCUCACAGCUUUCUCUCGAGGAGGCCAUGGUGACUACUCGAGCUGGGGCCGCCAAGGCAUCAAGGAAGGGAACUCCACCUCAGCAUCUUGAUCAAGACUCACCUCUGCCUUCCGUCGAACCAGUCUCGCCAGUAUCACCUACCCCUUCUCUGGUCAUAUCCACGAACAAUCUGAGCUACAAUGUCUCCUCAUUCGAUACCAAUCAACGUCGAAGGGUCAAGCGAGGACUACAAGACAGUGGAAUCCGAAUGAAGUAUUGUACAACUAACGUCGACGACGAAGACCCAAGCAUCCAGACACAGUACUUCUACAUCAACGACGAUGUCGAAGUCGCGAUGGGUGGAAAGCUUCGCAGGCCUCGAUGUUCAUGUGGAGCUAAUGAGAACGGUGUUGCUUGCAAGCACAUCUAUUGGGUUGGUGAUCAUGUUAUCUCCACCGUCCCAGACGUCGUCAAAGACCAGCCCUUACAACUCUCUACAGAUGGAUCAACUUUCCAGCACGUAAAGCCAGCAGAUGUGCUACGUAGAAAAGGCCUAGAAGAUGUCGCUGACGAUCUGGACUGGGUCUAUGAGGACGAGGAUGUACCCGAAGACGAAGACGACAUCAAAGAAACAGUUAUCAGUAUGCUCUCGGUCUUUGAACCCCAGGAAGCAUUGCCAGAGGAAUUCAAGUGUCCGGAGUCGCCUCUUACAUCUGAACGCUCGAAGAAGUAUCAAGAGCUUGCUGCUUUGUUCACUCAGUACGCAACUAGGGAUCCUGGACUUUUCCUGCAAAUGCGCGACAUCAUCGAUCCCAACUUCCAGAGUCGUGUGUUUUUCGAGAAGAUCGAGAAUCGUAUUACUCAGACGUUCAGUGCCUUGGACGAGUACAUCACGCAUGGUCCUACAUAUGCUUCUGUAUAUGCACUGCGAUUUGACCUGCCAACCACUGCGAAAAAGCUCAGAGGUCUGGUAAAGGCUAUCAACGACUUCAUUGAGCAACAAGUUGAGGAUGAUCCUGACUUCAAGAACAUCGCAAUCCGGGCAGCUGCAGCAUUAGUUCGGAUUCUCGACCUUGUCACGGAUCGCAAUGUCGAUGCUUACGAGAGCAUCACAUGGGGUAUGCGACCUGGUAGCCCGAGUGAGAACAACCUGUACUACGCCCUCAUAGGCAAGCCAACAACCGGCACCUCAUUUUUUGUGCUCAACGCACUCCAUUCGCUGCCCCACGAAGAUGUCAUCCGCAAUCACUGGGCGACCUUACAGGGCAUCGAAACAAAGCUCGUUCAGCAUGACGCACCUAUCGAUUACCUGAACGCGUUCCGUCAGGUCGUGCACGACAAUCGCAAGAGGGCUGCUUCAGAGCUCCGCGGUGGCCAGCUCAAGAGACCCGCUUCCUGA